AUGACGAACGAGUGGUUCGAUCCUGGAGCGAACAAGAAAAAGAGGGAUGUGCGCCCCGCAGAUGUUCCGGCUAGUCGGGCAACAGGACCUGCUGUGAAGCUACCCAAGCAUCCGCAGUUCAACAAAGAUGGAGGUGCAAGAAAGUCACCACUCUCGAAGUCGAAGGCUGUUGCCCAAACAAUUUCCACGAACACGGUCGCUGACAAAAAGAAACCACCUCAACAGACUAAGGCAACUGUUCGUCAAAAAGGGCAAUCGACCACGGUCCAUUCUUCGCCACCACCCUCCGCUUCUUCGAAGGCGGACACCCAGCGCACGCUGGCGAUUCGGGAACUGGACCACAUAUUGAGUGGUGCUCAUGAGGAAGUUGCAGAACCUGCACCGAUUGAUCCGGGGGUCAAUUCGGCGCUGCCUUCGACGAAUUUAAAAGAGGCGACCCUUGAGGCCGCUCGAUCGCAAGUAGCAACCGCACAAAAAACGGUCGAGGAACUUAAUUUAGCAGCCGAAGAGAAGCAGCGCGCGGCAGACACCACGAAAUCAUGCUUUGCGGCUCACGCUCAGGCACUCGAAGUGGCUAUUGCUACUGAGAAAACGAGUAAUAGAGAACCUACUUCUCCUGAAGAAGUCAGUGAGGAAUUGCUGAGGAUGGAGUACGAAUACCGCACCGCAGGUGCGACGGCGAACCGAGCGAAUGCGGAUGCAACGAUAGCAGCGAAAACCCUCGAAACACUGACACGUCGGUUGGCAAAGAUUACACCGAAACCGAAGCCUGUGACCGAAGAUAUGGCCCCGCAAGAUGAUACACCACCUCGCGAGAUGCCUACGGAGAUGGCAGCAAGAAGUAGAGAGCGGAGUCGGUCCAUGAUACAACGCUUGUUGGCUUCGUAUGUGCGCCGCAAACGGGGUGUACCAAGUGAGCCGAUCGAUAAACCUCUUGGUACGGUACCUACCGCGAAGGCGCCUCGUGAUCCGGGUCCACCGGAUCUACCGCCGAUGUGCCCCCAGAAUCGGACGGGCAGCGUCCCCAAGAUCUCGAUGUUACUAUGGCGGAGAGCACGGUUACGUUCGGGAACACUAUGUGCUUGA